CUCAGCCUCCCAGAGAGCUAGGAUUACAGGUGUGAGCCACCGUGCCUGACUGCAAAGGAUUUUCAUGAGCUUCUCACAGUGCUUAAUGCCAUGUUAGCUGUUAAAGAAUACUAGGAUCUUCAAUGGCAGGAGAAGGAGUAACUAGAAGACCGAGAUGAAUUUUAACACUAUUCUAGAAGAGAUUCUCAUUAAAAGGUCACAGCAGAAAAAGAAGACAUCACCCUUAAACUACAAAGAGAGACUUUUUGUCCUUACAAAGUCCGUGUUAACCUACUAUGAGGGUCGAGCAGAGAAAAAAUACCGAAAGGGAUUUAUUGAUAUUUCAAAGAUCAAGUGUGUGGAAAUAGUGAAGAACGAUGACGGUGUUAUUCCCUGUCAAAACAAAUACCCAUUUCAGGUUGUUCAUGAUGCUAAUACACUUUACAUUUUUGCACCUAGUGCACAAAGUAGAGACCAGUGGGUGAAGAAAUUAAAAGAAGAAAUAAAGAACAACAAUAAUAUUAUGAUUAAAUAUCAUCCUAAAUUCUGGACAGAUGGGAGUUAUCAGUGUUGCAGACAAACUGAAAAAUUAGCACCCGGAUGUGAAAAAUAUAAUCUUUUUGAGAGUAGUAUUAGGAAAGCACUACCUCCAGCACCAGAAAUAAAGAAGCGAAGACCUCCCCCACCAAUUCCACCAGAAGAAGAUAAUAGUGAAGAAAUAGUUGUGGCGAUGUACGAUUUCCAAGCGACAGAAGCACAUGACCUCAGGUUAGAGAGAGGCCAAGAGUAUAUCGUAUUAGAAAAGAACGAUGUUCACUGGUGGAGAGCGCGCGAUAAAUAUGGGAGUGAAGGAUAUAUCCCAAGUAACUAUGUAACAGGAAAGAAAUCAAACAACUUAGAUCAAUAUGAAUGGUACUGCAGAAAUAUGAACAGGAGCAAGGCGGAGCAGCUCCUCAGGAGUGAAGAUAAAGAAGGUGGUUUUAUGGUAAGGGACUCCAGUCAACCAGGCUUGUACACAGUCUCCCUUUACACAAAAUUUGGAGGAGAAGGUUCAUCAGGUUUCAGGCAUUAUCACAUAAAGGAAACAACAUCUCCAAAGAAGUACUACCUAGCAGAAAAACAUGCUUUUGGGUCAAUUCCUGAGCUUAUUGAGUAUCACAAGCACAAUGCGGCAGGACUUGUCACGAGGCUGCGGUACCCAGUUAGUACGAAGGGGAAGAAUGCCCCGACCACUGCAGGAUUCAGCUAUGAGAAAUGGGAGAUUAACCCUUCUGAGCUGACCUUCAUGAGGGAAUUGGGAAGCGGACUGUUUGGGGUGGUGAGGCUGGGCAAGUGGCGAGCCCAGUACAAAGUCGCCAUCAAAGCCAUCAGGGAAGGCGCCAUGUGCGAGGAGGACUUCAUAGAAGAAGCUAAAGUGAUGAUGAAGCUGACACACCCCAAGUUAGUUCAGCUUUAUGGCGUGUGCACCCAGCAGAAACCAAUCUACAUUGUCACCGAGUUCAUGGAGAGGGGCUGCCUUCUGAAUUUCCUCCGCCAGAGACAAGGUCAUCUCAGUAGAGACGUGCUGCUGAGCAUGUGUCAGGACGUAUGUGAGGGGAUGGAGUACCUGGAGAGAAACAGCUUCAUCCACAGAGACCUGGCUGCCAGAAAUUGUCUAGUAAAUGACGCAGGAGUUGUGAAAGUAUCUGAUUUUGGAAUGGCCAGGUAUGUUCUGGAUGACCAGUACACAAGUUCUUCUGGUGCUAGAUUCCCUGUGAAGUGGUGUCCACCUGAAGUGUUUAACUACAGCCGCUUCAGCAGCAAGUCCGACGUCUGGUCGUUUGGUGUUUUAAUGUGGGAAAUAUUCACGGAAGGCAGGAUGCCCUUUGAAAAAUACACCAAUUAUGAAGUGGUGACCAUGGUUACUCGAGGCCACCGACUCUACCAGCCGAAGCUGGCAUCCAAAUACGUCUAUGAGGUGAUGCUGAGAUGCUGGCACGAGAGACCAGAAGGAAGGCCUUCCUUUGAAGAUUUGCUGCGCACGAUAGAUGAGCUAGUAGAAUGUGAAGAAACUUUCGGAAGAUAAAUGGUGUUGUGACCAGUGGCUUCCAGAUUCCAAAGCACGAAGAAGAAGUGGCACUUUGUGGCUAUUAAUUUAUUUAGCGCCUGGAUGUGGAGAUAGUUUUACUUAUAAAGUGGAAACACUUAAAGAAUUUGCCUCUAGGGCGGCGCCUGUGGCUCAAGGAGUAGGGCGCCGGUCCCAUACGCUGGAGGUGGCGGGUUCAAACCCAGCCCCGGCCAAAAAACACAAAAAAAAAAAAAAAA